AUGGCAAGAGCAUUUCAAGCAAUGCUCAAACAAUUUGGUCUGAUGCAAAAGAUACUCGCACUCAAUGCUGACAAUGCAUCUGCGAAUGACACGCAGACAAAAUACUUGGCGAAACUCGAUAAUUCGUUUCACGCUUAUAACCGUGUCCAGUGCUUUAAUCACACGAUUCAGUUAUGU